AUGAAGUUACGACUCCAGCAGGUCCAACAGGCUCAACAGGAAGAGAACUGGUCCAAGGGUAACCUGGAAGGAGAAGGAGAUAGCCACAGGAGGGGUACCCCUCAGAAGCCAACUACUCCGGACGAGCAGAAUUCAGAUCUCCUUCGAGAGAUGAGGAAAGAGAUGGACAAACUAAGGAGCGCCAUUAAGGAGAAGACGAAUCGAAUGGUAAGGGCGACAGAUUCACCUUUCACCUCGGCGGUAAUUGAAUGCCUUGUACCGUCAAAGUUUUGCUUACCUCAACUUGAGCCGUUCGACGGACUCAGAGACACUCAAAAUCAUCUUAAUACCUUCAAGAUGACUCUAGGACUUCAACAACCAUUCGACGAGAUACUAUGUCGCUCCUUUCCCACCACUCUCAAAGGAGCUGCAAGAGAAUGGUUCACGAAGUUUCCAACCUCGUACGUAGACAACUUCGAGCAAUUAAGUAAUGCCUUCUUGCGCCAUUUCAUAGAGGGGCAACGUCCAAGGAGGCCGGCAGACUACUUACUCACCAUUAGACAGGGAGAAAAGGAAACUCUAAGGUCAUAUGUCAAACGCUUCACCUGGGAGACUCUGGAGGUGGACAAAGCCGACGACAAAGUGCAACUGACGACAUUCAAAGCGGGACUGAGGUCCAGAGAUCUCGUGGCCUCCCUCACAAAGAAUCCACCAAAGACGAUGGCAGAAAUGCUCUUGAAAGCACAGAAGUACAUGAACACUGAAGAUGCUUUAGCAGCUAUAAAGGAUGCAGAGAAGCUAAGAGACAAGAUCAAGGACGAGCAUUACCUCAAAUGGCCCAGACCAUUGCACUCAUCCCCCAAUGUCUGCGACAAGAACAAGUACUGCCGGUUCUACAAAGAUCACAGCCACAACACAGAAGACUGCAGAGACCUAAAGGAGCAGAUAGAGGAGUUGAUACGUAAAGGAAAGUUACAGAAAUAUGUGAAGAAGAGAGAAUAUAGUAAAUUCAGGGAUGAUAAUAAAGGCCAACAUGAAUCCUUUUCCCGGGAUGGCAACCGUCCAUCCCAACCUCCGCACAAAGUGAUCGGGGAGAUAAAGACGAUUACAGGAGGGCCAUUUUCGAGAGGAUCAUUUAAAUCACUCAAGAAGGCAUACCAAAGGCAGGUAAAUAGUGUCCACACCGUACCUCCGUCUAAGCACAGACGAACAUACCAGGACAUGUCCUUCAAUGAAGGAAACGCCAUGGGAGUGAAACAGCCCCACAACGAUCCUUUGGUCAUAAUGUUGAAUAUAGAAGGGUUCAAUACCAAGAGGAUCCUCGUCGACAAUGGCAGCUCCACAGACAUCAUCUACCUCCCAGCCUUCCAGCAGUUGAGACUAGAUCUGAGGAGACUGCGCCCUUUUGACUCUCCACUCGUCAGCUUCAGCGAAGACAAGGCAUACCCCAAGGGCAUAGUGACAUUGAUAGUGAUGGCGGGGGCCUACCCGGUGCAGUUGACCCGUCAGAUAGACUUCUUAGUGGUGAACUGCCCCUUAUCCUACAAUGUCAUCAUUGGGAGGCCCACGCUCAACAAGUGGAAAGCGACGACAUCAACCUACUGUUUGAAGGUAAAAUUCCCAACAGAUAAUGGCGUCGGUGAAGUGAAAGGAGAUCAAGUCCUGGCAAGAGAAUGCUAUCAAGCCAUCCUGGCUGCGAAGGAGAACUACACGUAG